AAUACCCUUCGUUUUUCGUUAUUCUAUUUUUAGUCAGUUUCUGAUCAGAUACGAUCAAGUGUCCAUUGCAAAGAGGAAGAAAUAUACAGGAGCAAUUACGGUCUCAAACAGCAAUAUUGUUGCCACAGUGAUAAUAUAAUAUAAAGUAAUUAAAGAAGAUAUGGCUCAGCUUGAUCAGAGUGAUUCUGUACCUGUUACUUUAGAAGAACAAACAUCCCUAAAACAAGGACCUAUGACUAAUGGUAGUAAACAACUAGAAAGUGUGACCAAUUCAGGCCUAAGUACAAUAUCUAAAAGCCAUUUGAACCAAGAUAUAUAUCCAAUUAGUUCUGGGAUAGCAGUUGUGAUCAACAACAUAGAAUUCAAGGGGGAUUUGAAUUUACCUGACCGUAAAGGAAGCGAUGUUGAUGCCUCAUCUCUGUUCCAAAGAUUCCAGGAACUUGGUUUUGAUAGUGAUCUUUUAAAUGAUGCCAGUACUGAAGAUAUGAAUGAAAAAUUCAAAGAAAUAAAAGAUGACAAAGAGAAUUUAAAGAAAACAGGCUGCCUGAUUGUUGCUUUGUUGACACAUGGUAAUGAGGACAGCGUUUAUAUGACAGAUAUGUCUGUAAAGAUCAAAACAAUAAUGGAUGAAUUCAAUGCAACAAACUGUCCAGAACUUAUUCUAAAGCCAAAGGUUUUCAUUUUCCAGGCCUGUAGAGGAGGAGGAUUAGGACGUGGAGUAAACAGAAAGGUUAUAAGAGAUCCAAACCAGGCAGAUGCUGGUGCUGAAUAUGAUGCAUAUGAUGAGCUAUAUGGAGAAACAAUACGUAUUCCAAAUGAAGCAGAUUUCUUAGCAGUGUAUUCUACUUCUGAUGGUUAUGGAUCUUUCCGGAACACAGAGAAAGGGUCACCAUUUGUACGCAAGUUGUCAGAAGAGCUCCUAAAGAUGAAGCCAACAGAUGAUUUCUACAAAAUUUUGACCAGAGUUAAUAAGAGUGUUGGAAUGGGAUAUAAGCCAAACUUUCCCAAUGCUGGUGAUGUUACCCAGAUGCCUUGCUUCAUUUCACAUCUUACAAAGGAAUUGUACUUGAAACAAAUUCAUUAGAAAAUUCACCCAUACCAUGCUAAAAGACUGAUGACAAUCAUAUAAAUAAAGAUUUCUGAUUUAAAAAGCAGUUCCAGCUGUUUAUCUGUCAUCAAUAUAAGAUUUCUGUAUAUCAAAACUGAAUACCAUAUGUAAGCAAUGUCAUAAUUAAAAAUAUUGUUUAAGUAAAAGAUAAAAUCAUGGUCAUAGCUUUAAACAUAUAAAUGUGAACUAAUAGCAAACUUGUACAUUGUAUAUAACAUGUAAGGUAGCAGUGAACCAAGUCCAUAAUGAUUCAUUUUUGUCGAGCCUUCAACUUUAGUCGAAAAUGCAAGACUAAGCAAUCCUACUUUCUGUCGUCUUCAGUGUCGUCGGUGGCGUCCACAAAUAUUCACUCUGUGGUUAAAGUUUUUGAAAUUUUAAUAACUUUCUUAAACUAUACUGGAUUUCUACCAAACUUGGACAGAAGCUUGGUUAUGAUCAUAAGAUAGUAUCCAGAAGUUAAUUUUGUAAAAAUAAAAUUCCAUUUUUUUCUGUAUUCAAUUAUAAAUGGACUUAGUUUUUUUCUGCGGGGAAACAUUACAUUCACUAUGUGGUUAAAGUUUUUAGAAUUUUAAUAACUUUCUUAAACUAUCCUUGGUUUGUGCAGUCCGUCCGUCCGUCAGUCCUGUUUCUUGUCAUCGCAACUCCUCUUAAACCACACAACAGAAUUUCACGAAACCUUUUCAGAUAAUAAGGACAUACUAUGUAGUUGUGCAUAUCGACGGGAAAAUGCGAUUCAAUUUUUUUUCUAGGAGUUAUGCCCCUUUGAACUUAUUUACUUUAAUGUACUACUGCAACAGUUUGUCAUCGCAACUUCUCUCAAACCACACAACAGAAUUUCACGAAACCUUUUCAGAUAAUGAGGGCAUACUAUGUAGUUGUGCAUAUCGACGGGAAAUUGCGAUUCAAUUUUUUUUCUAGGAGUUACGCCCCUUUGAACUUAUUUACUUUAAUGUACUACUGCAACUGUUUGUCAUCCCAACUCCUCUCAAACCACACAACAGAAUUUUACGAAACCUUUUCAGAUAAUGAGGACAUACUAUGUAGUUGUGCAUAUCGACAGGAAAUUGCGAUUCAAUUUUUUUUCUAGGAGUUAUGCCCCUUUGGACUUAUUUACUUCAAUGUACUACUGCACAGUUUGUCAUCGCAACUCCUCUCAAACCACACAACAGAAUUUCACGAAACCUUUUCAGAUAAUGAGGACAUACUAUGUAGUUGUGCAUAUGGACGGGAAAUUGCGAUUCAAUUUUUUUUUCUAGGAGUUACGCCCCUUUGAACUUAUUUGCUUCAAUGUACUUCUGCAACAGUUUGUCAUCUCAACUCCUGAAACCACACAACAGAAUUUCAUGAAAUUUUGUAGAUAAUAAGGACAUACCAUUUAGAUGUGCAUAUUGGCAGGAAAUUAAUUUUUCUUAUACAAUUUGUUUUUCUUACACUUAUUUAAUUUCUCCAAUGACAAUGUGGGGACGUGGGGUAUGUGAGCGUGCUCACUAAGGUUCUUUAAUUCAUGAUCAUAAGAUAGUAUCCAGAAGUAAAUUUUGUAAAAAGAUAACUCCAUUUUUUCUGUAUUUUACUUUUAAAUGGACUUAGAUUUUCUUCCAGUUAACAUUACAUACAGUUUGCAGUUAAAGUUUUCAACACAUUUAUUAGAUUCAUUAACUAUCCUAGAUUUUUACCAAACUUGGACACAAGCUUCUUACAAUCAUAAGAUAGUAUAAAGAGGAAUAUUUUUAUUGUUUUUUUUCCUCAUUUUUAUUGAGCCUGCGACUAACAGCAAAAGUAGGCGAGACACUGGGUUCCGCAGAACCCUUACAAAAUUUUAUAUAUGACUAACAUUUUAUCGUGGCAAAUAGUUUUAAUUGCAUACUACAAAAAGUUUCAGACUUGUCAGGAUUCAUAGUAAUUCAUGUGAAAUGCAGUUUGUUGCGUUUUCCUUUUUUUAAAUGGUGAUAGUUAUAAUUUGUUUGUAUUCACAGAAAGUAUGUCAUGAAUUUAGAAAUAAUUAAAGAUAAACUUUUUGAUAAUAUAUUGUAUUAUAGGGAUUUCUUUGAUGAAGGUAAAUGAGAUCGUAAAUGAAGUUUGAGUUUUUAAUCAGUAUUCAUUGUUGACAUUUUAACUAUUAGUAAAUUGAAUAAAAAAUAUAAAACUAUAGCCAUUUUUAAUCUUCUUUCCAUUUUUAAUAUUUAAAAGGUGUAAAAUCAUCAAAAUUGCUUAAAAUUGUCUUAAGGAAAUAUUUUGUGGACCAGUUUGGAGGUCAAUUGCUUAUCUAUGCUAAUUGAUAUUCAGCAACAUUCAUGCAACAUCUCUUUUACUCUUGAGUAAUACAUCUUUUAGGCUGUUAAAUACAGAUGACAUUAUAUUAAAAGCAAUCGUACUGCUAAGUCAUAUUUCAGUUCAUAUUAACAUAUUUUGUCAAAGAUAUUGUUGAACAAUGGCCAAAAAUGUGAGAUUAUUUGUUCUUAAUUCAGGUAAUUGCUGUAUUAAAAUAGUUGCUUGGUAGAUGGCAAAUAGAUAUAAAAAGUUGAUAGCAAGAUUUAUCUGUUUUGACACAUAUCCCAUUUCAUUUUCUGUAUGAGUUGGAAUAUUACAAUAAUGCUUUAGUUUACGUAAUUCUUAGGUUAUGUUUCACAGAAUUCGAUGUUGCUAUGCACUAUUUUGUUGAACUGUAUUAAGUAAAUCAUUUUGUAUCAUACCAGGAAUAACUAUAUUUCAUUACUUAUGAAAUAGGUUAUGAAAAAAAAAUGAAAUAUCUCUCCCAUGAAAAAUAACUUUCUUAACAUUUAAUAUGAAUGUGAUACUUAAAGCAUAUUAGUUACAUAGUAAAUUGAAAUAAAGCAACGAAAUCUCAUUUCAUUAUAGAGCUGAAAGCUCUUCAAUAAUUUUGAUUCCGAUUAUUUGUUUUUCUAUUUAUCUUUAUAUUGGAAGACCUCUUUGUAUGUAUUGGUUUGGUAACAUGUGUGACAUAAUGUCAACAGAUGUAUACCGGUACCUCGUUAUUAUCAUUUUAGAAUUAUUUCAAAAUUCAAUAUUUUCAGAGAAAGACAAACAAAUAAAUAUAAUAGCUUCACAAGUGAGCUGGGUAGAUUUAAUUUGAGGGAUUGAGAUGAGAAUCUGUACUCUUGCCUUUACAAUUUAAAUGUAAGAUCAUGUUUAAUACCGGAUCAUUGCAAGUGUCAUCAAACAUUGUUAAAUAAUAAGGGAGAAUUUAUAUAUUUUUGUUUUUAUUCAUAUACAAAUAAGUGAAUGUAAUAGUAAAUUGCAAACGAAAAUCUUUUGUUAUUUUUAAUUUUAAAAUGUAUGUAUUGAACAAAACAAAUUUAGGCUGCAAAUAAUAUAUAUAAAUUAUACUAUUUCUUUCUUGUACACAUUCACUAUUUGUAAGUAAAAAAUAGGGAUCAUGCUAUUUUAUUUAUCUGUUAAAGCUUUUUGCAUUGUUAAUGACUUUUUUGUAGAUAUUAAUAUUUUGUAUAAAAUAAAGUUCCAUUAUUUACUCGAUUUGAUUAAGCAUAUCAUGUGUUGAACACCUAUGCAUGUUCUUCAAAUACAUAUUUGUAUGAGUCAAAAGGAGUCAAUAGUUGUAUACUGAUAUUCAAAUCGCUGAUAUCGAUAAAGCGGAGACAAUAGUUGUUUACCGAUAUUCAAAUCGCGGAAAUCGAUUAAGAGGAGACAAUAGUUGUUUACCGAUGUUCAAAUCGCGGAAAUCGAUUAAGAGGAGACAAUAGUGAUUUGUUGUUUACCGAUAUUCAAAUCGUGGAAAUCGAAUAAGAGGAGACAAUAGUUGUUUACCGAUGUUCAAAUCGCGGAAAUCGAUUAAGAGGAGACAAUAGUGAUUAGUUGUUUACCGAUAUUCAAAUCGUGGAAAUCGAUUAAAAGUAGACAAUAGUUGUUUACUGAUAUUCAAAUCGCUGAAAUCGAUUAAGAGGAGACAAUAUUAAUUAUCGAUAUUCAAAUCGCGGAAAUCGAUUAAGAGGAGACAAUAAUUGUAUACUGAUAUCAAAUCGAGGAAAUCGAUUAAUAGGAGACAAUAAGAAGACACAAAUCAAGGUAAAAUACUAAAUCGUAUGGUGUCAAAUAAUCCAGCUGUUUAUGUUCAUCUUGAUAAGUAAUUAAAUUAAUUUAAAUGACCUAAUAUAAAUGAAUUCAACAAAGAA